ACUGCUUAACCUCUAAUUAGAAAGUGUUUGUGUUUGAUUGGUAGUUGUGAUAAGUGGAGCAAGUAUUACUAAUUGACAAUGGAUUUACUGGAAGAUCCGUCUUUUAAAAUCAAAUAUCAGAAAUCUAAGUUAAAAGUUAAGCUCUGGGAAAGUGAAUUUAGGAAAUCACGUGGACGAAAUCCUUCAAAGAUGGAUAUUCGUGCAGCAUCUCAGAAAGUGAAAGAGGCAUACAAAUUGUACUACCAGCUAAAAACACUAGCACUUCAAGAUUCCCUUAUGGAUAUUACUUGUUCAGAUGACAGAGAAAAUAUUACAACUUCAGAUAUAUCAGAAAUAAAACAUUCUAUCACAUCUGUAGAGGCUGACAAAGUCAUAGAUCAAAGUGAUCAAAUUAGACAACACAGGAUUGCAUUAGCAGAUAUUCAGAAUGAGAAAGAUGUUGAUAGUUGCACAUGUGACAGUGAAAAGGUGUCACAUGUUGAAGAAUGUGUCAGAGAUGUCUUACAUGAACGAAGUUCUGAAGACCUGAAAGAUGUAUGGGGCUCACAUUUAAAUAAAAAUGCGGAAAAAGUGUUAGACUCUGCAACAAAGACAUUUAGUCAACGCUCUGCAUGUUUUCACUUCUCUGAGAAACUCUUUAUAGGAUCAAAAUUUAGCAAAAAGAAUCCAAGGAAAUCACGUUCAUUUUCACAGCCUAGCAAGUCAGUUGAAAAUGAUGGUUUUCAAGUUCUCCCAUGUUUCGAGGUUAAGAAAAUGUCUUCAGAGUAUAUGACAUGUGGUCAUCAAGAAGAUAUGCCACGGCCCUCUACUGACAACAGAAAUGCUGCUGAAUCUACUAGCACCCCACACUCUGCAUUAUCUAUAAAUGGUCUGCUAGAAGAGAAGCUGACGGUUGUCAGGAAUUCUACUCAGAUAACAAAUCAAGCUGUCAGUGCCAUUCAUAGAGCUGUGUUGACUUCUGAUUCAUGUGAGCAGAAAUGCACCCCAUCAAGGACUGUUGAUAAGGGCUGGUUGGACAGAUGUACCAAAGCUAAUAGCUUAGAAUAUCAAGUAACACCUGUGAAUGAUUCAGGUAUUGAAUCAAUGGAGUCAAGCACAGUGACUGAUCAGUGUUCCAUUAUAGAAGAUACACCAAAACUGUUGCAGCCUGUCUCUGCUAUUGCCUCUCAGCUGCCUUGUACGAAGCCUAGUCAGUGUUUGACUCUUCCAGAUGUUACUGGAAAUGAAAAAAGAAAGAUGGGGGUAGCAGUCUCUGAUGACAGUGAUGAAGAUAUUAUUUAUAACAGUGAGGAAUCUGAAAAUGAAGAGCAGAUGAUAAGAAUGAGGAGAAUAACGUGUGGUAAGAAGAGAAAACUUUAUGCCAGUGACGCAGAUUUUCCUGGAACUUCAGCCAAAAACAAAGACACGUUCCCAGAAGCUGUACCCACAUUGGCAGGAGCAGAGGACACACUUAUAGAAAUCCCAUCUAUUGCAGACAUUAACAAAAUAGCUGAAGCUAUUGUAUCAACUGAAAAGAAUGUUGAGAAGAAAAAACGUGCUGUCUCAAGCAAGUUAACCAAGAGAGAGAUACUGGAGAGGAAGAUGUGUGCAGGUCAAGCAAAUGAUAAUUUCGUCCGUAUCAAUAUAAAGAAGAAAGUUUAUGUACGAGGGAAGAAGAAUAACAGUUACUCAAAAUACAAGAAAGCUGAAUGGAAGAAGAAAAAGAAGAUGGUAGGCUCAGCAGUUGAUGAUGAUGCUGGUAGCAGUGGGGUGCUGAAGUGCUUUAAAUGUGGUGACAUAGGACAUUUUGCUCGCAAUUGCUUGAAUUUUCAAGGGGACAAGUUAUUACCACAAGAUGAGGCAGAAGAGGAUGACAGCCCAUUCCCAACCCUGGAGGAGGUUGAGGCAAUGGCUGCUGAACCUAUUUAUGCAAGUAGAAGGAAAGUUACAGCAUCAUUUCUGAUGACAUCUCAGCAUGGAAAUGAGCAGAAUACAGAAACAUGCUGUAGCUUUGACUCAGUUACAUUCAGUGAUAUAAAGCCAUUAUAUGAAUUGAAAGAAGAUGGCACAUUAAUAGGUGAGUCUUCAUUAUUAGUGUACAUACAUACAUACAUACAUACAUUACAUUACAUUCCGUAGAUCCAAAGUAAGUCAGAAUGACUGUAGGAUGUGGAACAAGUCAUACAAAUACAAAAGCCAUAAAUACAGUACAACUGAGA